AUGCAGCCCUGUGACCAAAACUGGACCCACAUAACAGAGUUUGUUAUGGUGGGCUUUGCUGAGGUGCAUGAAAUGCGCCUCCUCUUCUUUACUCUCUUCUUCACUACGUACCUGUUCACCUUGGUGGAGAAUUUGGCCAUCAUCCUGGUUGUGGGUUUGGACCACCAGCUACGUAGACGGAUGUAUGUCUUCCUGACACACUUGUCCUGCCUUGAAAUCUGGUACACUUCAGUCACAGUGCCCAAGAUGCUGGCUGGUUUUAUUGGGGGACACGGGGGCAAGAAUAUCUCCUAUGCUGGAUGUCUGUCCCAGCUCUUCAUCUUUACCUUCCUUGGGGCAACGGAGUGUUUCCUACUGGCUGCCAUGGCCUAUGACUGCUACGUGGCCAUUUGUAUGCCUCUCCGAUAUGGGGCCUUGGUGUCCUGGGGCAGCUGCUUCCGUCUGUCAGCUGCUUGUUGGCUGGUUGGCUUCCUCACCCCCAUUGUGCCCAUCUACCUCAUGUCCCGACUGACAUUUUGUGGCCCCAAUGUCAUUGAUCACUUCUUCUAUGAUGCUUCACCCCUGCUAGCCUUGUCCUGCUCGGAUGUCACCCUGAAGGAGACCACAGACUUCCUGGUCUCUCUGGCUGUGCUCCUGACCUCCUCCACAGUCAUCGCUGUGUCCUAUGGCAACAUUGUCUGGACACUGCUGCAUAUCCGCUUGGCUGCCAAGUGCCGGAAGGCCUUCUCCUCCUGUGCAGCCCACCUGACUGUGGUGAGCCUCUUCUAGACACUCUUCUUCAUGUAUGUCCGGACCAAAGUGGUCCCUUCCAUCAACUUCAACAAGGUGGUUUCUGUCUUCUGCUCCAUCGUCACUCCAAUGCUCAACCCUCUCAUCUACAGUCUUCGAAACAAAGAGGUGAAGGGAGCUCUGGGCAGAGCCUUUUCCUUCAGGUCUUGGAAAGGUCAGUGA